UCCCGCAGAGCAUCUCCGAAGAGCAUCAGCGUCCGAGUGCGUUUUUCCACGCAUAGCACCACACAGCUGCUGCUGGACCAGCAAACAGGCCGGAAAAGUGAAACCAACCCUGCCAGUACGGAUUUCGACUCGUCCCGGGCAAGUAACGAAAACUCGGCAACCGACUUCGCGAAGAACAGAGCCGCCGUGCAUUCCUCUGUUUCAGGAUCCGUGUCUCGGACUUCCUUUCUGUUCUGUUCCUCCCUGUUGCUGUUGUAGUGUUCCUUAGGGCCAGUGGGGGUUUGGACCACAGCUGAUAAGAUCUGGGACCUGGAAUCGGUAAGCCAAGUUGAUACGCGCGCGUUUCUCGAGGAUGGCCCAGGGCUAGGGUUUUGGGAUUUGGUUUCGAUAGAGGAAGCCAAGCGGAAGAUUCGGUUUCGCUUAGGCAACGUUUGGGAUGUUUUCCGGUGUUAAACCUUGCUCUGUCUUCCGCCGCCGCCGCCUCCGAGGGGUGGGAGAUGAAGAUUAAGCGGCGAAAGAAGCGGAGUUCGAUGCCGUGAAAAAGUGCUAAAGUUUCGAUUUGGUGGCCGCUUCGGGGUGUGUUCUGGGUGUACAGAGAAGGCAUUAGGAAGCUGUUGACGGGAUGAUGCAAAGAUGACUGUCGUGCUGUGAAUAAGUAAUGACACUGAACCACAGUGAGUGGUGCUUUGAAGCCCUGAGGUGCUGCGACUGUUUUCGGUGCUUGUAGACCACGAGUUCGUUUAGAGGCUUGUGCGGAGAUUGAAGGGAUCGUUUGCAUUGCUAGCGAAUGCCGUUGAUAAAUAUGUUUUGUGCCAGUGCGUGACGAAGUGGAAGUUCUUGAAAAGCAGAGAUUUUCUAUCGGAUCGUGACGAUUAUCUGGCAUUGGGAGUGUUUCGGAAUGCAAAUAAACGAUGAUACCCACUUAUCCGUGGUCCAACUCGGGAGAAGGAAUUCCAAGAAAUAAAACAACCUCCCAGACGUGAUACAGACAAGCUCUCCCGGUCCCCGUCAAAUGGAGGGAGGAAAUUGGUUUUUAGAUACUGCUGCCAACCGAAGAAAGAUUGUCUUGAUUUAAAUUGCUGCCGCUCCCGAACCCGAAACGGGUAGGGCGUAAAUCCUUGAAAAACCCAUUUCCCAGACAGUGAGUGAUUUGCCUGGGCUCAGUUCGCAGAAGAAUAACAGCAACAAUUGAUAUGGUAUGAUGAGUAUUUUUCCCUGGAAUUCCCACUAAGGGAAACGGGAGUUCAGUCCAUAGAUAACGAAACGUUUGCGGAGGGAAGGAGCAACUUAGCAUUGCGAUACUCGGAAAGCAGAAGAAACAUAAACUCGGAAAAAAAAGGAAGAACAAGUGUCUGUGCGAUGUUUCAAAUGUGAGAUACUCCGUUACCGUGAAGAAGAUAAAUGGAAAAAGCAUAUAAACGACCGGUUGUGUGACGGAAAAGAAAAAAUAAACCAGAAAUACAAAGGACCAGUUAGUACAAGAAGUGCCGGGAAAAAAGUUGUACAAAUGUGGGAAAAUCCUUCGAAUUGCGUGUGAUGAUAACGGAAGAAAGACGACGACGAAGACGUCGACGCGGGUGAGUUGAGUGGAGACGAAAACACAAUUUCACCCACAAAUACACACGUGAAGAAGCAGUUUGGUUUGGAGGGGGCGCCAACCAGAAGAUUAAGAUUAGGAAAAACAAAAGCUUCAGAACGACGACGACGACGAAUGACAGCUUCGGCUCCGGUGUGCCAAGUAGUAGCAGCAGCAGCAGCUGCCGAAAGCGGAGCAAGAAGGAUUGAUCGCCGAAAAUAAUUGGACGGGUGAUUGUUUUCGUUCGGCACGCUUUGGCUUUGGCACCGGCAGCAGCAAAACGGAGCUACUUUCCACAACAGGUGGUCACCACCCUUCGCCUCCAGCAUCAUCCACCGUCAAACGUCUCCCAAUAGCUCUGCGGCAGUUGCGCCAGACUGCUGCACCUGUUUGUGGUUGCGAUUUUGUACCGGCAGCCGCGGCCAAAGAUUUCCCCCGAGAUCAUCAAACGCCAAGCGAGGGCCGCGCUUCUCCUAGGGCCACAGACUCCGGCCACAAUCAUCCGGGCCACUACGCUAAACGCUAGAUCGGCCUUGCGCCGGAAGAAACGUCGAAGACGGAAGAAAAAAGCGGCCACCAUGGGCCACUGUCAAGUGGCAAACCGAGCAAUUAAUCUUCCCCAUAUGAAACGUAGCCGUGUUUGAGCAGGAAACUGAUCUUGAGACAGCCCUAGCAGUUAACCGAUAUAUAGUCUACGUUCGUGUCUAAGUUUCGUUUCGAAGUCUACGUCUACGUAUUUUCGUUCAUUAGUGGUGUAAAGUCGAGGCGACAGAAGUCCUGAGUGUGCGUUUUUUGCUGUUUGACCACGCAAAUUUUUACAAGCCGAUUCCCCUGGGAGCCGACAGGAGCAAAAAUUUCAUGCGGAAAAUCGGAAUUUCGGAAUAAAACGGGUAUUUUAAGGAAAAAUAUGUUGCUGAUAGGCAAUGGAAGAAUAUCACAUCAGUAAUCACCUAUAACUAUCUAGCAAAGUAAAAGAUAUACGUGAGCACGCCAAGCGAUGAUCAGUUGAUUUGUUUGUAGAAUCAAAAUCAUUGCUUUGUGUAUAAUAGUAGUGUACUAGCAGAUCAGUCGAUCAGAAAUAAUGUGUGUACGUGAAUCUAUCAUAUAAUGGAAAAUAUUUUAGCAUCAUAUUGUGUCUAUACGUAACAUUUCUUUCCAUCGCACAAGAAGUAAUUGAUUUGAGAAUAGGAGAAAUCGAUCUAGAAUAAAUCUGUAUCACACAAUCUGAUUGAUUCAAGUGCAAUAAUUUCAAGAAAGAUAGCUACAAUCUGAAGAAAUACAAAACCAAAAUGUGGGACCAGCCGAUUACACCACCGCCAUUUGAACAAUCGAUGCUUUGACAGAACGUUCUAGAAUCUGGAAUUCAAGUUUUCAAUUGAGUUUGCCACUACCACCAUCAAGCAAAGAAAUCAAACACGCCGCAAUGGAUUACCCGAUGAUAGCAACGGGCAACAUCUCGCAGGAAGACUUCCUCGCCAUAGUCGGGGCGAACUCUUCGCUCGCCGGCUUAAUCCACGGAUCGGCAACGACCGCCCUAAACGACUCCCUGGGCGGAGUGAUAGCCACCGGCGACAACCGAACACUCUUCCACGGCUACCCGAGCGGAUACACACUGCCGCACAUCAUCAUCGCUUCAAUUAUCGUGACAAUACUAAUGAUAAUCAUCGUAGUCGGUAACAUGCUGGUAAUCAUAGCGAUUGCCACCGAAAAGGCGCUCAAGAACAUCCAGAACUGGUUCAUAGCAUCGCUGGCGGUGGCGGACUUCUUCCUGGGUCUGGUGAUCAUGCCCUUCUCGUUGGCCAACGAGCUGAUGGGCUACUGGAUCUUCGGGAACUGGUGGUGCGACAUCCACUCGGCGAUGGAUGUGUUGUUGUGUACUUCGUCGAUCAUGAAUCUCUGCCUGAUCUCGUUGGAUCGGUACUGGAGCAUAACGAAGGCGAUCGAGUAUCUCAAAUCGAGGACUCCGGGCCGGGCGGCUUUCAUGAUCGCAGCCGUGUGGAUCAUGUCGGCACUGGUGUGCAUACCGCCGCUGCUGGGCUGGAAGGCGCCACGUCCGGAGGAGCACGUCGAGCUUCCACAAUGUCAGUACAAUUAA